AUGGGAAGUGCGAUCCAUGCUUUUACCCCCUCCCCCCAGCUUCCCGAGUGCCUUAAUAACAUCCCAGCGGCACGGAUGAAACAGCCUCUUCACUGCUGUUUACGGAGCGCCACGUUUGAAGUUCAGAUCGAGACGUCUUCAUUUUCUUUUCCAAGCCAGAAAAUGUACGAGACGAGCAGUGAGAAAGGGAGAAGGAGGGGGGAGACAGAAGGCUACCCCUCUACCCUGCCCUCCCCCCUCCUCCCCCUCCAUCUCAAGCUCAAAUUCCCAGACAGGAAAUCACUACUGGACACAUCCCACGCUUUAAUAUUUCGGUCGUGUGCCGUCUUCUUCUCGUUCUGA